AUGGAUGAAAGAAAUCUAAAAAUGAUUUUCUUUGAUUUAUUUGCUGCUGGGUCGGAAACUACUUUCACGACAAUCUACUGGUUUGUACUGUACAUGUUACAUCAUCCAGAUGUCCAGAAGAAAAUAUUUGAUGAAAUUAAUGAGCAUGUUGGAACAGAGAGAGUACCUAACAUGCAAGACAAACAGAGUCUGACGUACUUGAACGCAGCUAUCAUGGAGACCCAGAGACUGGCCAGUAUAGCCCCCAAUUUUUUGCCUCGCACAUGUCACAGUGAUAUGCAAGUUAGGGGCUACACCAUCCCUAAAGAUACCUUCAUCCUGCCUUGCCUGGACUCUGUCUUACAUGAUUCACAAAUAUGGGGACAUGACGUCAUGGCAUUUAACCCAGAACGAUUCAUUAGCCAAGAUGGAAAAUUGCAGAUUCCUAAAGAAUUUAUUCCAUUCUCUGUUGGAAAUAGAACUUGUCUUUGGCGUGAAUAUGGCCAAAACGAGUUUGUUUCUUUACAAAUCAAACAUGAUUCAAAAGUUUGA